AAAUGGAUGCUAACAUAUAAAUAUGCGCGUCUUUACGGUAAUUUGAAUUAUUAACAAACUUUCAGCUGUAAACGUUAUAUAUACGAAUAUAUAAUUCUUAAUUUGAGAAAUAAACAAUGACUCUUGGCUACGACGACGAUAUUGCCGGCAUUGUGAUUGACAAUGGCUCCGGAAUGUGUAAGGCCGGCUUUGCAGGUGACGACGCACCAAGAGCCGUGUUUCCUGCAAUUACAGGUCAUCCGAAGUAUGAUCCUUGCAUGGUAGGAAUGGGCGCAAAGGACACGUUCAUUGGAGACGAAGCUCAAAACAGGAGAGGAAUGCUCUCCCUACAUUAUCCAGUUGAACACGGUAUUGUCACUAACUGGGACGAUAUGGAGAAAAUUUGGCACCACACAUUCUACAACGAACUUCGUGUGGCUCCUGAAGAACAUCCGGUUUUACUUACAGAAGCGCCAUUAAACCCGAAAGCUAAUAGAGAGAAAAUGACACAAAUUAUGUUCGAAACUUUCAAUACGCCAGCUUUCUACGUGUCAAUACAAGCAGUUCUAUCAUUAUACGCCAGCGGGAGGACAACUGGUGUGGUGUUCGACGCCGGUGAUGGGGUAUCUCACGUGGUACCGAUUUACGAAGGUUAUGCUUUACCACAUGCCAUUGAACGCGUUGAUCUUGCAGGUCGUGACCUUACAAAAUACUUGUCAAGAAUUGUAAAUGAACGCGGAUACAGUUUCACAUCUUCAUCCGAAAUGGAAAUAGUUCGCGAUAUCAAAGAGCAAUUGUGUUAUUCCGCCUUAGACUUUGAACAGGAAAUGGAUGUCGCAGCAAGUUCUUCUCAAAUAGAGAAAAGCUACGAACUUCCGGAUGAACAAGUAAUUACUAUUGGCAACGAACGUUUCCGCUGUGUUGAAUCUCUUUUCCAACCAUCUUUUAUCGGAAUGGAAAGUGCAGGAAUACACGAACUAGUUUACAACAGUGUUAUGAAAUCUGAUAUAGACACCGCAUUCUACUUGUCUGUCCAGGCUGUUUUAUCAUUGUACGAUGCCGGCAGAACCACAGGUGUGGUGUUCGACUCCGGUAAUAAAGUAUCUCACGUGGUACCGAUUUAUGAAGGAUAUGCUUUACCGCACGCUGUUGAACAGAUUAAUCUGGCAGGAAAAGCACUGACAAAGAAUUUGUCAAAACUUCUGAUUGAACGCGGAUAUAGUUUUAAUUUUGCCUCUGAAUUGAAAAUAGUUCGCGAUAUCAAAGAAAAAUUGUGUUAUUCCGCUUUAGACUUUGAACAGGAAAUGAAUGCAAGUUCUUCUCAGAUAGAAAAAAGCUACGAACUUCCGGAUGGACAAGUUAUUACUAUUGGCAACGAACGUUUCCGCUGUGUUGAAUCACUUUUCAAACCAUCUUUUAUCGGAAUGGAAAGUGCAGGAAUACACGCACUAGUUUACAAUAGUAUCAUGAAAUGCGAUACAGACAUAAAGAUAAGACUUUUAUUAAAUGUCGUACUAUCUGGAGGGUCAACAAUGUUUCCCGGCCUUGCAGAUAGAAUGAAAUGUGAAUUAGACAAUUUGGUUCCUAGCUCUAUGAAGUUCAAGGUCAUUGCACCACAAGACAGGAAGUACUCAGUAUGGAUGGGUGGUUCUAUUCUCGCUUCUCUACCUACGUUCAGUCAAAUGUGGAUCUCUAAACAAGAGUACGACGAAUGUGGACCAAGCAUUGUACAUAGGAAAUGUUUUUAAAACUGUUGAGAUCAU